GUAUAAAGUCACCCUCAAGCUAUGGUGGGGCAGCACUACAUUCAGAUCGUAAAUCUUCCCACACCCACCAUCUUUCGCUCAUCAUCUUCAACGCUCUUCAAUUCAAAUCUCACAAAAAAUGCCACCUAGAAUACCAACAGCUGCCGACUUCUCGUCACUCUCCUCCUCCCUCCCACACACCAUCCACUUCCCCUCGCCGCCAGAAUCCACCACCGCCAUCCUCCUCCUCUUCCACGGCCUCGGCGACUCCCACGCCCCGUUCGCCUCAUUCGCUCGCGCUGUCAAUCUUCCCGGCGUUCUCGCCAUCUCUAUCCGUGGUACAUCACCACUCCCUGCAGCUUUAGGCGCUGACGGCACCCACUGGGGAGACGAUCUUUCGCUGGACAGCACAACGGGCGACAUGGAUGCGGACCCGGGCUUCAAGAAGGCUACCAAGGCCAUCAUGGACAAGCUUGUUAUCGGCGUCUUGGUAGACAAGUGCGGCUGGGAAGUAGACGAUGUCAUGUGUUUUGGCUUUGGUCAGGGCGGGUCGCUAGCGCUAGGAAUCGCUGCGGAUAUCGCUGGUACGAGGGUCACGGAGGCAUCAAGGCCAAGACAGAAUCGAUUAAAGGGCGUAGUGUCGAUAGGAGGGCCACUACCGCCGUCGAUGGUAUCGACUAUUAGCGGGAGAGAAAAAAGCAAGACGCCAGUAUGUCUGGUGCAGGUGGACGAUGGCGAUGCAGACUAUGCAAAGAGGGAGUUUGCGGAUGUUAAGAGCGUCAAGUGGAAACGAAGUGAGGUAGAUAUGCCACGGAACAGGGACGAGAUGUUUCCUAUUAUGAAGUUUUUCGCAGAUUGUUUAGCCACGCAUUAGAAACCAAAAAGUACAAUGCAUGAUUCUCAUUAUUC